AUGUCUGGACAGCCCCCCUUCAACCCGGGAGCUUUCGAGUUCCGCCCCGGACAGACCUUUGUCCCCCGCUCCCAGCAGCAGCAGGGACAGGGCCAGCCCGGCCAGCAGCAGCCCUACGACCAAUACGCCCAGUACGGACAGCAGCAGUACGGCGGAUACCAGGGAUACCCUCAGCAGGGCGGCUACGGCGGAUACCCCCAGCAGGGUUACGGCGGAUACCAGCAGCAGCACCAGCAGCAGCCCCAGACCCGCGCUUACGAGCCUCCUCAGCGCAACGUCCAGGGCUUCCAGCCUCCCUCGUUCGGCAACCCCGGCAAGCCCGUUUCGCUCUCUAUCGGCGGCGGCGGUGCCCCUAAGGCUGCCCCCUCUCUGAACAUUGGCGGCGGUGCCCCCAAGGCCGCUCCCUCGCUCAACAUUGGUGGCGGCAAGCCCAAGGCCGCUCCUUCGCUUUCCAUCGGCGGCGACAAGCCCAAGGCUGCUCCCUCGCUCUCGAUCGGCGGCGACAAGCCGAAGGCUGCCCCCUCGCUCAGCAUUGGCGGCGACAAGCCGAAGGCUGCUCCCUCGCUUUCGAUCGGUGGUGACAAGCCCAAGGCUGCCCCUUCGCUCUCGAUCGGCGGUGGUGCUAAGAAGGAGGAGCCCAAGAAGGAGGAGGCCAAGCCCGCUGAGAAGAAGGUUGAGGCUAAGAAGGAGGAGCCCAAGGCUGCCGAGGCUCCCAAGGCCGCUCCCGCUGUUGCUGCCGCUGUCGCCUCUGAGCCUUCGUCCGCCAAGGCUUCCGGCACCUCGACCCCGACCAACUUCUCCAAGGUCUCCGCGAAGAACGACGCCGACACUGUGUUCCAGGACCAGCAGGCCGCUGGUGCCGAUGCCCUCCGUGACCUCUACGGUGGUGCCGAGAUGGAGGACCCCAACCUCAAGACUCACCUGAACAUCAUCUUCACGGGACACGUCGACGCUGGAAAGUCGACCAUGGGUGGACAGCUCAUGUACCUGUGUGGUGCCGUCGACAAGCGUACCAUGGAGAAGUACGAGCAGGAGGCCAAGGCUGCGGGCCGUGAGACCUGGUACCUGUCGUGGGCCCUUGACCAGAACAAGGAGGAGCGUGCGAAGGGUAAGACGAUCGAGGUUGGACGUGCGUACUUUGAGUCGGACGUCCGUCGCUACACCAUCCUCGACGCCCCCGGACACAAGACGUUCGUCCCCAACAUGAUCCAGGGUGCCGCCCAGGCCGAUGUCGCCCUCCUCGUUCUUUCGGCCCGUAAGGGAGAGUUCGAGACUGGUUUCGAGCGUGACGGUCAGACGCGUGAGCACGCGAUGCUGCUGAAGAACAACGGUAUCAACAAGCUCAUCAUUGUCGUCAACAAGAUGGACGACCCCACCGUGCAGUGGGACCAGGCGCGUUACAACGAGGUGUGCACCAAGAUUACGCCCUUCCUGAAGGCUGUCGGCUUCAACCCCAAGAACGACGUCACCUUCAUCCCCGUCUCGGCGCAGCUCGGCCAGAACAUGAAGGACAAGGUCGACUCGAAGAUUGCUCCCUGGUACGAGGGCCAGUCGCUGCUCCAGCACCUCGACAGCAUGCAGAUCCAGGACCGUGACAUCAACGCUCCGUUCAUGUUCCCGAUCUCGGAGAAGUACAACGAGCUCGGCACGAUGGCGAUGGGCAAGAUUGAGUCUGGCCGCGUCAAGAAGGGCGACACGCUGCUGCUCAUGCCGAACAAGAUGUCGGUCGAGGUUGCCGCCAUCUACACGGAGACGGCGGAGGAGAUGGAGAUGGCGUUCUGCGGUGACAACGUCCGCCUGCGUCUGCGUGGUGUCACGGACGACGACGUGCAGCCCGGUUACGUCCUGACUUCGCCGCAGAAGCCGGUGCACGCCGUGACGGCGUUCAAGGCCGACGUGUCGAUCAUUGAGACGCCCAACAUUAUCUCGUCUGGCUACACGUGUGUGCUCCACGUCCACACGGCCGCCGAGGAGGUCACGCUCUCGCAGCUCCUGCACUACUACGACAAGAAGACGAAGCGCAAGUCGCGCCGCCCGCCCCAGUUCGCCAAGCCCGGCAUGCUCGUCUCUGCCCUCUUUGUCCUCGAGCAGCCCCUCUGUCUCGAGAAGUGGGCCGACUACAAGCAGCUCGGCCGCUUCUCCCUCCGCUCCUCUGGAUCCACCGUCGCCAUCGGAAAGGUCACCAAGCUCCUCUCCAAGGACGACCUCCCCGACGUCGGCGGCCUCAGCAUCAAGGCGUAA